AGCCACUUAACCAAUCAGCGGUCAGUGUUUUGAUAAAAUUAUCGCUCGACCAAUCAGAGUGCUUCCCGCCCAUCGCCCGCGAAGAAGUCGUUACGCUACAGGACAAAGCGUAAAUUUGGUACGUUUUGCAGAUCUACGCUCGGUAAAAGUCGGAUUUUUCUACAUUUCACAAGGAGAGAAGGAUGUCCCGACGUCACGAGGAAGGUCAGACUGUCAUGGCCAAGUGGCCGGGCAGCCACCUGUGGUUCCACGCCAAGGUGCUGAAGACCCUGGAGGGGGACAAGUACGUGGUCAGGUUUGAGGAGGGUACGGAGGAGGAGGUAGCUGCCCAUCAUGUGCUGUCAGAAUCGUACUUCGGCAGGUCAGGUUCCAAAAGUCCGUCCCGGCGGCGUUCACGGUCAAGGUCGCGAGGACGCUCUCCGGGACGAACCCCCAGGAGACGGUCAAAAAGCCCGGCAAUAAAGACCCCGAAGGUCGCCAAGGCCAACUCCUCAGGGACCCCAGCACGAGGACGUAGGGAAUCUCCUCGUAAGGUGGCUAAGUCAACGCCUGCGGCCAAAACCGCCACGCCCGAACCGAAGGGGAAAGCCAGCCCCGAGCCCAAGGCUAAAUCUUCUCCUGAACCUAAGGCUACAUCCACUCCUGCCAAGAUUACCAAGAUGGAGGUGAAAAAGGUUGUAGAACAGAAGAGUGAAGUGGUCCACAGGUACGCCACCCGCUCCAGCACCAACAAGGAACUGGUGCCCGGCCUGGACCUCAAGCCCGGCGCCGUGCCGAAGACUACGGAGUACGAGUUUGGCGGGCCCGUGGGCGCCUUCCUGCUGACGUUCCUGCUGCCGGCCACGGUACUGUACCUGUACGGCGUGUGUAACAAGGCGCACUGCGACCUGGUAUUCGUGCCGCACCUACCCAAGACGCUGGACGCAUACUUUAACACUAACGCCGCUCUGGUGUUCCUGGGCUGGUUCGCCUUCCAGGCCCUGAUCUACAUGCUUCCCAUUGGCAGGUUAGCUGAUGGUGUGCCCCUCAGGGAUGGACGCAUGCUGAAGUACAGGAUCAAUGCUUUCUUUGCAUUUGUGGUGAGCCUGGCUGCGUUCGGAGCUGCCUACCACUACAAGGCGCCGCUGGGCUGGGUGUACGAUAACUACCUCCAGCUGGCCAGCACGGCCACUGCCUUCUCCCUCCUUAUGAGCGUGGUUCUGUACAUCAGGGCCAGGAGGGCGCCCAAGUCUGCCCUGUCCCCAGUUGGAAACUCAGGAAAUGCAGUCUAUGACUUCUUCAUCGGCCAUGAGCUGAACCCCCGAAUCGGCAGCUUCGACUUGAAGUACUUCUGUGAGCUGAGGCCUGGUCUCAUCGGAUGGGUGAUGAUCAACCUGUGUCUGUGUGCCAAGCACUACUCGGAGCACGGCCAGCUGUCUACUGCCCUGACCUGUGUCACCCUGUUCCAGGCUCUGUAUGUGGCCGACGCUCUCUGGUUUGAGGAUGCCAUCUUGACGACCAACGACAUCACGACUGAAGGGUUUGGGUUCAUGCUGGCGUUCGGUGACCUUGCCUGGGUGCCCUUCACCUACACCCUGCAGGGGCGUUACCUGGUGGACCAUCCCGAACAUGACCUCACCAACGUGCAGGCCGCGCUCAUCGUGCUCCUCAACUUGCUCGGAUUCUGGAUUUUCAGAGCAUCCAACUCUCAGAAGAACGCCUUCAGAAGGAACCCCUACGAUCCCAAACUGCAGGUGUCUACCCUUGGGUCUGACUCCCCAGCACGUAACAACACAGCCUCCCCGCAGAGGAUCCUGGGAGACAUGUCCAUGACCCUGAGCUUGUCCUCUGAUUCCCUCACGGACGUGAGCUCCCUGUCCGACCUCGGCGACCUGUCCCUGGGGGGCACUAGCAUGCGUGCCAACCCCCCGUCUGUCUUGCACAACGACACCACUCUCAGUGACGGCUUCUCUGAUGACGAAGGCCUUCUCUCUCCCGAUGAGGGUUUUGUUAGGUCUGGGGAUAGUGCCUUACAGGAGAGCAGCUUUCUGUCCAGCCUCUCUAACCAUGGCCUUGAGAGUAUCCCCACCAAUGUGACCAACAAGAGCCUCCUGGUGUCUGGCUGGUGGGGCCUGGUACGCCACCCCAACUACCUGGGAGAUCUCAUCAUGGCCCUGGCCUGGUGUCUGCCCUGUGGUUUCAACCAUGUCGUCCCCUACUUCUACGUCAUCUACUUCACCAUCCUUCUCAUCCACCGGGAGAGGCGCGACCAUCUCGUGUGCAGUAAGAAGUACGGCGCGGCCUGGGACAAGUACUGCGAGCGUGUCAAGUACCGCAUCUUCCCGUACAUCUACUGAGCUACACACACGGGCUUUUUGUUUACAGCAAAUGUCUGUGCUACGCCUAGAAAAAAAUGUUUGUGUUUCAUUUUAGCCGACCCUAAGGAAAAACCUGCUGACCAGAUUAUUUCUGAUGGACCACAGGUAAACGGUAUGACCUGACAUCUAGGUGACAAAACUGAUUUCCUAUGUUUCACUCUCUGUCGACAGUUAUUGCUUAGGAGUAACUUACAACUGUGCAGUAAACAUCUACCAAAAAAAGUUUAAAAAGAAAAGAGAAUCCCUACGUACCAACCCAACUUUUUAAGACUUAUCGGAAACACAAUUUUUUUCUUAGGCCUUACCAUAGAUGUCUGCGUUAUGGCAUUAUUGUACAUAAACCAAUAGGUGGUAGAAUGAAGUGUCUUGAUAUGAUUAGGUUCUAGAUGUUGACUUCUGUUUUUGUUUGACAGUAGUUUAGGAGAAUACCACAGCACUCCCACUGUCUUUCAUUCAAGAUUAAAACUCUACUUUUGUGUCAUUCCAAUAAUAAUAAUUUUUUUUAUAUCAUGUCUGUGUGAGAUUUUGUACUUAAUCAGGGUCACAGGUUUCACAGAUGAAAACAAUUUUUAAGACUUUUCCAAAGAAAGGUUUAUCAAAUAUUUUUGCUCAGGAACUUUGGUGAGUGACAUGGGGAAGUAACAGUCUCAUCUUUGAAAAAAAAUCUUUUGUAAAUAUGUAAUGCUCUUUCAAUAUUUGAAGAAUUGUGACUUUUGUGCUUUAAGUUUUAUUUUUUUGUGAUUUAAACCAGGUGAUGUUUGGUGUGUAUAGUAUUGUGUAAGUGUCAGUUUUCAAUAUUGCUUCUCAACAUUGUAGGUAAUUGUUUAGCAAGGGCCAUAGGAAAUGGAUCUAACAAUGGUAAAUUCAGUUAUAAGUGUAAGAAUUGACAACUAAUUGCUGAUAUUGGCAAUGUGUAAGAGGUAUUUUUAUACAGUAAUCUUGUAUGAGUAUGGAGGCAUGUCUUCAAUGUGAGAAAUGUUACAGAUCGAGGGAGACAAGUUAUAAAUGUACAGUGUAGCUGGCAGUCAAAUUAAACCACUGCCUGCUCUGUCUCAACCUUUUGAACCUGACAUUCCAUUUCAAAUCAGUAGGUGGCGCUUCUGUCUGUUGCUGCUUUCUAGUCAGUUUCUUGCUUGGUCUCCUUAGUCAGAAAGACUUAACCAAGUAUCAUAUACUAGUAUGAUGCACCACAAGGUUUUUAAGGUGUUACCAGCAAAUAGCUGUCUGUUAAAGGACUGGGAACAUUUCCCCUGUUUUGACUUCUGUAAAAGUGUCAAGGAAAAUUUGUCCCAAUUUGUAAAAGUGUCAAGGAAAAUUUGUAAAAGGGUCAAGGAAACAUUUCUCCCAAUUUCGUAAAACUGUCAAGGAAACAUUUCUUCCAAUUUCGUAAAAUGGUCAAGGAACAUUAGAAUUUAAAUUUUAUUCCAAUUUUAUAAAAAGGUCAAGGAACAUUAAAUUUUGUUCUAAGUUUGUAAAAGGGUCAAGGAAAUGUCCCAAAUUUCCUCAAUGUUGUUAAAGGACCAAAAACACAUUUUUGCUGUACAUGUAUAUAUCACUGGAUUAUACCUGAUGUGAUAGUUUUGUAAUGAGAGGAAAGACAUAUGCAUAGCCUGGAACUUGUCCCUUUUAAGGUUGAUCUGUUGGUUAUUAAGUUUGUUAUUGAUAGAGCCAACCUGAAGAUGGACAGGUGCCAGGCUAAGAGGUGUGCCUGCUUGGUGUGAUAGAAGAACAAAGAAGGCAGGGGUGUAAUUGUCAUCCCCCAGAUAUUGUUUUAUAUAGCAAUGCUUUUUGCAUGACUGACAUUCUCCAGAAGACCAGGUUUAGAUGAUAGGAAUGCCUAUUGUUUAUGUUAUCCAUAACUGAGAUGAACUAACAAUAUGUUAUUGCAUGAUGCAUGAACUACAUGGUGCUCAGUUUUGAGAAAUGAAAUGGUAAGACUUUCGUGUGGCUUGUUUUUGAAUAAAGACUGAACAAGA